UCGUCUCUUUCACACGUUCCUAUAAUUGAACUACAAAAAGCACUCCAUCGGAGCCUUCACAUUUUCAUUGAAGUAUUCGGGAAGUAUAACACGUAUUUUACCCGUUUCGUGUUUGUUUCGUUUAUUUAUUAAGUGAAAUAACAGAAUAUUGUGGUAAAUAUGGCACCUAUAGGUUGUGGAGUCCCUUGUUGGCCUAAACGUAAGACCAACUCUAUUGCACCCACAGAAAGUAUGACUCCAGAUGGGACUUUUGACUAUGAUUUGGCGGUCAUUGGUGGUGGGUCCGGAGGCCUGGCAUGCGCCAAGGAGGCUGUGAACCUCGGGGCGAAGGUGGCGGUCCUGGACUUUGUGACCCCAUCGCCACUGGGAACAAAAUGGGGCCUGGGUGGCACAUGCGUCAACGUUGGGUGCAUACCAAAGAAACUGAUGCACCAGGCUGCAUUAUUAGGAGAAAGCAUUCAUGAAGCGGUAUCAUACGGCUGGCAAGUCCCAGACCUGAACGCCAUCAAAAUCGACUGGAGCGCCCUCACCGAGUCCGUGCAGAACCACAUCAAGUCCGUCAACUGGGUCACCAGGGUGGACUUGCGGGAUAAGAAGAUCGAGUACAUCAAUGGACUUGGAGAGUUCAAGGACCCGCACACGUUAAUAGCGACCCUAAAGAACGGCACGAAGAAGGAGCUGACGGCGCGCAACGUCGUGAUCGCGGUGGGCGGGCGGCCGCACUACCCCGACAUGCCGGGCGGCCUGGAGCACUGCAUCAGCUCGGACGACAUCUUCAGCCUGUCGCACCCGCCCGGCAACACGCUCGUCAUUGGCGCUGGAUACAUCGGCCUCGAGUGCGCCGGCUUCCUCAACUCGCUCGGCUACUCGGCCACCGUGCUCGUGCGCUCCGUGCCCCUGCGCGGCUUCGACCAGCAGAUGGCCGGCAUGGUGGUCGCCGAGAUGGAACAACGAGGAGUCACCUUCCACCACAGGACCAUCCCGCUGUCGGUGGAGAAGCUAGAGAAUGGGCAGCUGAAGGCGCGCUGGGUCAACACUGAGACUAAACAAGAGGGCGAAGAUGUUUUCGACACGGUCCUGCUGGCCACCGGCCGCUACGCGCUCACCAAACAGCUCAACCUAGAAGCCGCUGGGAUCACAACGCUAUCGGCAAACGGCAAGAUCAUCGCCGACCACGAACAGACCAACGUCCCGCACAUCUACGCGGUGGGCGACGUGCUGGCCGGCCGGCCGGAGCUCACGCCCGUCGCCAUACACGCCGGCCGGCUGCUGGCCAGGAGGGUGUUCGCUAACGGCACGCAGCAUAUGGACUACGAGAACGUCGCUACUACAGUGUUCACGCCGCUGGAGUAUGGAUGCGUCGGGCUCAGCGAGGAGGCAGCGUUACAGAGACACGGCGCGGACAACAUCGAGGUGUACCACGCGUUCUACAAGCCCACGGAGUUCUUCAUUCCGCAGCGCAACAUCCGCAACUGCUACCUCAAGGCCGUGGCCCUGCGCGACGCGCCGCAGCGGAUCCUGGGACUGCACUUCGUGGGACCCGUCGCUGGGGAAGUUAUUCAAGGCUUCGCGGCCGCCAUUAAAUGCGGCAUCACAAUGGAGCAGCUGAUGAACACGGUGGGCAUCCACCCCACCGUGGCCGAGGAGUUCACCCGCCUCAGCAUCACCAAGCGCUCCGGCCGCGACCCCAACCCCGCCUCCUGCUGCAGCUAGAGCGGGACCGCAACUACACAGAC